UCCGCGUGAUACCGUGGAAAGUGUGUAUUGUGCAUUUCGUGCGUAUUGCAUCCAUACAUUGUCAACUGCUUCUCACGAGGUACACAAAUGCAGUUCAUAAAGAUGGUUAAUCGAAGCACAUUUCCAAAUAAAUUCUCGCAGCCGGUGACUGAGUAACAGUGUUAAACCUGACGCGAGGUCCUCACCCGCGUUAGGUGCGUGAGGGCCACCUAUCCGCGUCCAAGCUGUGUCGAGUAUUCAAGUCAUGGUAUCGAGGUUCGACACGAACUUCGGUUGUGAAGAUUUUUUCGGGACUUAUCGUUGCACCCAAGACAUGGCUUGUGAUCGUGGUGAUUCGGACUUCGAGUUCAUCAUACCGCCAGAAGCGCCGGUCUUCGAACCGAGUAUUGAGGAGUUUCACGACCCCCUUGGCUACAUCGCAAAAAUACGACCGAUCGCAGAGAAGUCUGGCAUUUGUAAGAUCAAACCGCCGCCUAAUUGGCAGCCACCAUUUGCUGUUGAUGUUGAUAAAUUCAAAUUCGUUCCAAGAAUACAAAGACUAAAUGAAUUAGAGGCAAAGACUAGGAUAAAGCUUAAUUUUUUGGAUCAAAUUGCAAAAUUUUGGGAACUUCAAGGUUCAUCUUUAAAAAUUCCUCUUGUUGAACGCAAAGCUCUUGAUUUAUAUUCUUUACAUAAGAUAGUCACUGAUGAAGGUGGAAUUGAUACAGUAACGAGGGAAAGAAGAUGGGCAAAAAUUGCAAAUAAAUUGGGUUAUCCUUCUGGACGCAGUGUUGGAAGUAUUCUAAAAAAUCAUUAUGAACGUAUUUUAUAUCCAUUUGAUGUCUUUAAACAAGGAAAGACAUUGACAGAUAUAAAAAUUGAACCAGAUUCUAAUGUGAAUGAGAAAAAAGAUCGAGAUUAUAAACCACAUGGAAUUAUAUCACGUCAACAAAUUAAACCUCCAACUGAGAAAUUCUCACGUCGGUCAAAAAGAUUUAGUGGUCAAGAAGAAAAACAGGAAGUAUCUAUUAAACAAGAAGAUUGUAAAGAAGAAUGUGAUUCUGAUAAUGAUUGUAAAGAUGGAAUUAAAAAUAAACAAUAUGAUGAUAAAGAUAAUAGUAAAGAACUUAAAAAAUUACAAUUUUAUGGAGCUGGUCCAAAAAUGGCUGGAUUUAAUACCAAAGAAGGAAAAAAAUCUAAUAAAACUAGAGGUGUAAAACUUGUUUAUGAAGUUGAUCCAUUGGCAAAAUACAUAUGUCAUAAUUGUGGAAGAGGUGACAAUGAAGAAAACAUGCUUUUAUGUGAUGGAUGUGAUGAUAGUUAUCAUACUUUUUGUCUUAUGCCACCAUUGACAGAAAUACCAAAAGGUGAUUGGAGAUGUCCAAAAUGUGUUGCUGAAGAAGUUUCUAAGCCAAUGGAAGCAUUUGGAUUUGAACAAGCACAAAGAGAAUAUACUCUUCAACAAUUUGGAGAAAUGGCUGAUCAAUUUAAAAGCGAUUAUUUUAAUAUGCCUGUACAUAUGGUGCCAACAUCAUUAGUAGAAAAAGAAUUUUGGCGAAUAGUUUCUUCAAUUGAUGAAGAUGUAACGGUUGAAUAUGGAGCAGAUUUACAUACAAUGGAUCAUGGAUCUGGAUUUCCAACAAAAACUAGCGUUAAUUUAUUUACAUGUGAUCAAGAAUAUGCUGAAUCUUCAUGGAACUUAAAUAAUUUACCUGUUUUACGUGGAAGUGUCUUAGGUCACAUUAAUGCUGAUAUUAGUGGUAUGAAAGUACCAUGGAUGUAUGUUGGAAUGUGUUUUGCAACUUUUUGUUGGCAUAAUGAGGACCAUUGGAGUUACUCCAUUAAUUAUUUACAUUGGGGAGAACCAAAAACAUGGUAUGGUGUACCUGGUUCUCAAGCAGAAAGAUUUGAACAAUCAAUGAAAUCAGCUGCACCAGAAUUGUUUCAUAGUCAACCUGAUUUACUUCAUCAAUUGGUUACUAUCAUGAAUCCAAAUAUUUUAACAAAUGAAGGUGUUCCAGUAUUCAGGACUGAUCAACAUGCAGGGGAAUUUGUAGUGACAUUUCCAAGAGCAUAUCAUGCAGGUUUUAAUCAAGGAUACAAUUUUGCUGAAGCUGUAAAUUUUGCUCCCGCUGAUUGGCUUAAAAUUGGACGAGAAUGUAUAACGCAUUAUUCGAAUUUAAGACGAUUUUGUGUAUUUUCUCAUGAUGAAUUAGUAUGCAAAAUGUCAUUGGAUCCAGAUUCAUUAGAUAUAGGAAUUGCAACUGCAACUUAUCAUGAUAUGCUUCAAAUGGUAGAUGAUGAGAAAAAGCUACGAAAAAAUUUGCUGGAAUGGGGUGUAACAGAAGCAGAACGAGAAGCAUUUGAACUUUUGCCGGAUGAUGAGAGACAGUGUGAAGCGUGCAAAACAACUUGUUUUUUAAGUGCAGUUACAUGUUCAUGCCAAAGUUCUCAAUUAGUUUGUUUAAGACAUUUCACAGAACUUUGUGAUUGUCCUCCAGAAAAACAUACAUUACGUUAUCGUUAUACUUUAGACGAAUUACCAAUUAUGCUACAAAAAUUAAAAUUAAAAGCAGAGUCAUUUGACUCAUGGGUAACAAAAGUAAAAGAGGCAAUGGAUCCUGAUAAAAAAAAUGAUAAAAUUGAAUUAAAUGAAUUAAAAGAACUUCUAAAUGAAGCAGAAAGUAAAAAAUUUCCAGAAAGUGAAUUGCUUACAGCUUUAACAACUGCUGUGCAGGAUGCUGAAAAGUGUGCAAGUGUUGCACAACAACUUUUGAAUAAUAAACAACGUACCAGAACCAGACAAUCCGUUGAAACUAAAUACAAGCUUACAGUAGAAGAAUUAACUCUUUUCUAUAAAGAAAUAACAAAUUUAUGUUGUGAACUUAAAGAAUCUGAUGGGAUAAAAUUUAUACUUGAUCAAGUAUUACAAUUUCAAAAGGAAGCAGAAGAAUUAGAAUGUAAAGAUGAUUGUAAUAUUGAACAGUUAGAAAAAUGCAUUGACUUUGGAGAUUCUAUUUGUAUUGAACUACCUCAACUUAUACGUUUAAAACAUAAAUUAGCACAAAUACAAUGGCUUGAGGAAGUAAAAUCUAUUCAAGAAGAUCCAAAAUCUAUACAUCGUGAUGAUUUAGCAAAAUUAAUUGAAAAGGGUAUGACAAUGCCUCCUAACUUAAAUAUAGAAAAUACUCUUUCAGACUUGCAAGCAUUAAUGCUUGCAAUUGAUAAUUGGGAAGAGAAAGCAAAGUUAUAUCUUCAUACAAAAAAUAGACAAACUAUUGCAUCUCUUGAAGAAUUUAUCCAUGAAGCUGAUAAGGUGGAAGCUUAUUUACCAAGUUUAGAUGUUCUUCAAGAUACACUGAAUAAAGCAAAAAAUUGGACAAAAAUGAUGGAAGAAAUACAAGCAAGAGAUAAUUUUCCAUAUUACAAUACAUUAGAUGAUCAAAUUAAAAAAGGCAGAAAUAUUCCAUUGCAUCUAGAUGCUCUUCCUAUUUUAGAAUCUACACUUUCACAAGCAAAAACUUGGAAAGAAAGAACAGCACGAACAUUCCUAAGGAAAAAUUCACAUUAUACUUUAAUGGAAGCUUUGUCACCACGAAUUGGAGUUGGUAUACAAGCAUUAAAAGCUAAGAAAAAUAAAAAUGAAGAUUCUGUAGGACCUGUCUUUGUCUGUGAUACAAAAUUGGAUGAUUCCAAUGAUUCGGCAACCAUUGUAGCUGCGUUUAAAUUAGCUGAACAACGUGAAAUGGAAGCAAUGCGAAAUUUGAGAGAAAGAAAUUUAAUGAAAACUGAAAUAGAUGAUUCAAGAUAUUGCGUUUGUCGUCGACCAAGGUUUGGACUCAUGCUUCAAUGUGAGCUUUGUAAAGAUUGGUUUCAUUCAAAUUGUGUACCUUUGCCAAAGACAUCGUAUAAAGGAAAAUUUCCAAUGUCAAGGGAAAUUAAAUUUUUAUGUCCGUGUUGUUUACGUUCACGGCGACCACGGUUAGAAACAAUUUUGGCUCUUUUAGUUAGCCUCCAAAAAAUUCCGAUUCGUUUACCAGAAGGUGAGGCAUUACAAUGUUUAACGGAACGUGCAAUGAAUUGGCAGGAUCGAGCCCGACAAGCAUUAGCUACGGAUGAAAUCUCAUCAGCAUUAGCAAAAUUAUCUGUGCUAUCACAAAAAUUAGUAGAAGCAGCAGCAAGAGAAAAGACAGAAAAGAUCAUCAGCAGUGAAUUAAAAAAAGCAGCAAAUAAUCCUGAAUUACAUCAGAGAGUACAAGCAAUAGCACCGCUUAGUGGUGUACAUUCAGAUGAUAGUGCACUUAGUACUGCGGAUGAUGAUGAUGAUGUUGUUACUAUUGAUGAUGAUGAACCAAGUUGUAGUACAUUUAACAGUAACGAACAUGCAUAUUCUUAUAUAUCCAAAAUUCAACGUAAAACGCAAUCAAACGAUACAACAGAAGUUGCUGUUGUACUUUCACAAACAGCAAGGUUACGUUUAGAAGAAUUAAUGAUGGAAGGCGAUUUAUUAGAAGUUGCACUUGAUGAAACGCAACAUAUUUGGCGUAUAUUAAGUCAUACAAAUAGUCCGAGUACAGUUCGAAAAUAUGCAUCAUAUGAAGAAGUUCAAACUAAUUUGAAUCAAGAUAUAAAAGAUGUUAAAAAACGCGGAAGAAAAAGAAAAUCCGAUGAAUUUGAAUUACUGAAAAAACUUGGAAGACAAAAAAUGGAAGAGAAAAAUUUAGCUAAACGCAAAGGACUACAGAAGGAAAAAAAAUCGGCAGGUUCUCCAGUGCCUAUAAAACGUGGACCUCGAAAAAUGAAACGCAAAGAAGGUGAAGAAGGUCCAAAGAAAAGAGGUGGUAAUAGAAAAAAAACUAAACAGGAUACUUCAGAUGAAGAAGAUGAUUGUGCGGCUGUCAAUUGUUUGCGACCUGGCGGUAGAGAAGUUGAUUGGGUACAGUGUGAUGGCGGCUGUGAAGGUUGGUUUCAUAUGCACUGUGUUGGAUUAGAUCGUACAGAAAUUGCAGAGGAGGAUGAUUACAUAUGUAGUAAUUGUAAGGAGGCAGAGCAUAGCUCAGUGUCAAGAGCGCCAGAUCCCCUAGCUGAAUCAUUAGGCCUGGAUGCACUUCUUUCCCUUUCUCAAUCUCAGGGAUACCAGGGCACAGAUAGUGAAGCAGACAUUCAAGAAACCACAUCCUUCGUCAGGACUUACUAGUCUACUUUGCCUUGUUAGCUCUGUACAAGGCUAGGAUGUUUAUCAAUUUCAAGUCAUUUAGACUGGGAAUUUACACAGUCCGACAAUUAAUGUUACCUACAAUCAUCGUUCAGUCAGUUGGUACUGCAGAUUAUCAGAUGCCGUUUGAUUACUAUUGCGAGCGGAUAUUGGAGAUAAAGUAUUAUAAUGCAGUCGGAUUGUAAUCUUUACGACUAUGAAUAUUAUUUUUUUAUUUUGAUUUGAUAUGCUUUGCAAAGCUAUCAUUUUUUGUAUGUAUUAUAUUGCAUUGUAUUUUAUUUUUCUAAGAUAAAACAGAUAUUUAUCAAGAUUUAUUGUUCAAGCACAAUACAUUUAUACUCAAGAAAAAUUAAUUUCAUGCAUUGAUAUUUAAUGUUAAUUUAUAACAUUAAAACCUGCUUGCUUUUAUCCAGAAUAAUAUGUUAAUUAUGAAUUAAGUACACGAUUCCAAUUGAAAACAAAUCUUCUAAAUCGUAUUACAUAUUAUACAGAACAGGUAUCGCGGAUGAACCGUGAUAUACUACUUUGUGGUUUAUAUGAGGUUUUAGAAAAUAGAUAUUUUGCAUCCCAUUAUAAUUUUUACUUCUUAUCUCGUGCUGCGAUUGUUGAUGGAAAAGAAAAUACAGAGACCAAUGACUGUUAAGUAAUAAUGAUAUGCGUUAACAUUAUUUAUAUAAUAUGAUAGUGUGAAUGUAUACUUUUCAUAUGUAAAAUAUGAAAAGAUAUAGAAAAACUAAGGGAAGGAAAGAAGAGUAUAAUUUGACCUAAUGAUUUGGGCGAUCUAUGUUGAGAGAAAAAUUAGCGAUGGCGAUAAAUAUGUGACAAAGAAAAGUCAUCUCAGAUUAUUUCUAUUUAAAGGAAGAUUCCGUCGGUUUUUGUAUCGGCUUUUUAUUGUAAUGGUGCAAGAGAACUUCUUUUGCGCUAAAAUAGUAUGUACAGAUAGACUGAGAUAUGUGUGUAUUAAGAUACGGAUAUUAUACAUAUAUACAUAAGAAAUUAGAUUGAAACGUAGAAAUAAGUUACAAUUUGUAUAAAGAAAGAAUUGACACGCAGAUACAUAGCAUAUCUAUCUUCUUGAAACAAUUUAAUUGGAAUUUAUUGGAUUUUGGACCAGAGUGUACAACUUAUGUAAUUUGUAAGUUGCAAGUUAUCUGAUUUUCAUUUUAUAUCACAUUCAUUUUUUGUCAUGAAUACUUAGACAAAUGUUUUAUAUUGUGAUAUGAUUGAUAUCAGUGAAAAACUUCCGAAUGGCCUAAAAAAUAUACAUUAUAUAAUGUAAAAUCUACUUGUAGUAUUGUAAAACAUUAAUUUUAUAAUUUCAACUGGUUAACAUAUAAAAAUACUUGUUUUAAUUUUUCUGUGACUAUAUUACAUUUCGUAAUAUUUAAUAUGUUGAUGAUUUAUACUUUGGUAUGCUCAUAAUUUCAUUUUAUACACUCAACAUUAAUUUGAGUUAUAAAUAUUUAAAACUGAUUACUAACUAUCCUACAUUAAUUCCUGCAUUAUUAACAUUCACAUUCACAUGAUGUAAUGCAUCAAUGUAGUAUAAUUAAAGCUUACUUAUUAUUUUGUACAUUAAAGUAUUAUAAAAUCUCUAAACGUUAUAAAAACUUAUACUAUAUAUAUAAUGAUAAGUAUAUUCCGUAAUAAAUCGUUUUAUAAAUGUUGUAAAUGUUAUAAAUAUGGAUCUCAUUCUUGAUAAAACAAAAUUGAAAAAGUAAGAAAUAUAUCACUAUUAUUGAAGUGAAUAAAUUAUGCGAUGUAAUUUGUGUAUCUAAUGUUAACUCUGGUACAAAACCAUGUUUCAUGUAUUAGUUGAUAUCUACGUUUUUUAGUUAUUUUUUAAUGUAAUGUUGAUUUUUCUUUUUUCUUUUUCUUUUUUCUUUUUUUUUUCUUUUUUUUUUUUCUUUUUUUUUUUCUUUUCUUUUUUUCUUUUUUUUUAUAUAUAUAGUCCAUUUUACUUUCGUGCAAAAAUGUUAUAUGCGUGUCUCUCUCUAUUAAUAUGAUUUUUCGCACGAUAUACCAAGAAAAAAAGAUAUCUUUAUAUAGAUAUCUUUAUGUAAAAAAGAUAUCUUUAUUGUGAGUUUAUGAAAUUGUGCUAGCAGUACAAGAAAUUUUGUAUAAUUACUUGUUAAAAAAAAACCAGAUAAUUGAUCAUUGAGUUUUUACAUAAACUAAAACUAUAAAUGUAUGUUAUGUAUGGGAUGACACGACAUAUACAGUGUGUUUUAAAUAUUUGCAUAUCGAAACAUACCAUGUGUAUCGUCGGUGUUAGCAUGAUAUGAAUUUUGUUAACGAAUCUAUUAUUAGUGAUCGUUAAAAGAUAAUGAUUGUUCUAUUAAUUCUGUUAACAGAAUUCAUUUUAUUAUAAUGAUAAGAAAAUAAUUAAACUAAUAUGCAUCAUCAACGAUUAACAUGUUACGUUUUCAUUUAAAACAGACUGUAAGUCAAAGAAUCGAUAAGACAUUAUGUGUACACACAUAUAUUUUUGUACAGAUACAAAAAGGUUCAAUAAUCUCUUUGAUUAUUGCUCCGGGAUACGCGGGAAUGCAGUGAAUUUCUAACGAUAGUGUGUUUUCUGUAUUAUGAGAUGAAGUAUGAAUUUCAUUUGUUUUUUUGUUUUCGUAAUAAAAAUUAUAUAUAUACGUAUAUAUAUUAUAUAUAUAUGUAUACAUAUGUACGUACAUUGGUUAAUGUAUUUUAUACAAGGUACUUAGAAUUAUUUUUAUUAAAAAUGAUAAACAUUAAAAAAAAAAAAAGAAAAAAAGAAAGAAAUGAAUAAUAAAUUUGUGUGCUUUAUAUGAUGGUACACUAUCAUUAAAAAUACAUUGUGAUUAAUGACAUGAAAGAAAGAUUGAAACUGCGUGAUCAUUCGUAGAGUUUUUUUCAAAAUGAACAUAUUUAAAUACACUUUAUCAUAAAAUAUCAGUUUACACUAUAUUAAUACUGAUCAUUCGUUUGGCAUAAUAUAAGGCAAGUGCCUGUGUUUUCAAAAAAUUGUACUAAUUAUCAGAAAGAAAACAAAUUAAUUAACUUUUCUU